CUCCCUCGCUCUGCUCUCUCCAGUGCCAAGGCGGAGAGAUGCGCACACUGAGGACACCGCAGCACCGAAAUGCGCACAGCUCCGAGCCAUACCCGGCUUUAGCUUCACCUCCCAACACCCCUGACCCGUCUCUCAAAACAAUGGGUUACAGGGAAUAUGGCUAACUUUGACACACUUUUGCAUGUCACGGGAAAUGUGCUGCCGAGCGGCUGAAUUGAGAGCACAAUAACACACACAGAGACUUGAGAGAAGAGGGGGACCUGAUUCCAGUCAUUUCUAUCCCAGCUCCUCUCCCACUUUGGUUUUGAGAGAUGAUCACGGAGCUGGUGUGCACCGCCGUGGCUGUGGGUCUCUAUCUGAAUACGCUGGACGCAGAUUUCUGCUACGAUGACAGCCGAGCCAUCAAGACCAACCAGGACCUUCUUCCUGAGACGCCGUGGACCAACAUCCUGUAUGACGACUUCUGGGGCACCCUGCUCACUCACAGUGGCAGCCACAAGUCCUACCGUCCACUCUGCACCCUCUCCUUCCGCCUCAACUACACCCUGCAUGCCCUGCGUCCCUGGGGCUACCACCUGCUGAACGUGGUGCUGCAUGGGCUUGUCACCGCCCUCUUCACGGCCUUCAGUCGCCCGCUUCUGGGUGGAGGACUGUGGAGCUUGCUGGCUGGCCUUCUUUUUGCUUCUCAUCCCGUUCACACUGAAGCCGUGGCUGGUGUGGUUGGGAGGGCGGACGUUGGUGCUGCGUUGUUUUUUUUGCUGUCUCUUCUCUGUUAUAUGAGACACUGUGGACUUCGUAGGGACCCACGUGGGACUUGUCAGCCCGGGCGAUGUGGUGGCAGCUCAGUCACCCGGUGCUGGGGCUGGAUGCUGGGCUGCCUGUGGUGUGCAGCAGCCAGUAUGCUGUGGAAGGAGCAGGGGGUGACGGUGCUGGCCGUGUCGGCUGUCUACGACCUUUUUGUGUUCCAGAGACUCCGGUUUUCCCAGGCGCUUCUUCUCCUGCUUGGAAAGAAAAAGAACAUCAGUGUUUUGCUGAGUCUCGCCGUGCUGGCUUCCUGGGGAGUGAUUCUGCUGUCUGCUCGCCUCUACUGGAUGGGCAAUAAGCCUCCGAACUUCUCCAACUCUGACAACCCUGCAGCUGACUCGCCACAUUUUCUCACUCGAACACUAACAUUCCUCCACUUGCCGGUCGCCAACGUCUGGCUGCUGCUCUGCCCCGACAAACUCAGUUUCGAUUGGUCCAUGGACGCUGUGCCCUUGGUUAGGUCCUUGGCUGACUGGAGGAACCUUCACACUGUUGCCUUUUAUGGAGGAUUUAUCCUCCUGGGUUUGUUUGGCCUUCGUGGCCCCGCCUCCAAAGCCAAGGAAACCAAUGGAAAAGCCUAUGUCACUAAUGGGAAAUCAAUCACCAAUGGGAAUGGUUACCAUGCCCCUGACACAAACCAUAACACAGACCAGGGGCCGCCAAAGACCACCCUGAACGGGUCAGCUGGACUCCACCACUGCCCUCCACGGACGCCCCUGCCCCCUACAGAACACCUAGUACUAUUUUCGUUAGGCAUCCUCUCAUUGCCUUUCAUCCCAGCCACAAACCUAUUCUUUUAUGUAGGUUUUGUCAUUGCAGAGAGGGUACUAUACAUCCCCAGUAUAGGCUUUUGUUUACUGGUUGCUGCUGGUGCAAGAACCUUGUACGUCAGACAGAGGACUAGAGGCUGCAAGGCCUUACUGUUGUGUCUCUGUACAGGACUAGUGCUGCUGAAUGGACUCAGAACUGUUCAAAGAAACAGUGACUGGAGCAAUGAGGAGAAUCUCUACAAGUCUGGGAUUAGUGUGAAUCCUGCUAAAGCCUGGGGAAACUUGGGGAACGUACUGAAGAACCAGGGCAAGAUGGCGGAAGCGGAGAAAGCAUACAGAAACGCUCUGCACCACCGAGGGAACAUGGCUGACAUGCUGUAUAACCUUGGCUUGCUGCUGCAGGAGAAUGAGAAUUUUUCUGAGGCACUGCAUUAUUACAAACUGGCCAUUGGGAGUCGGCCAACACUGGCAUCAGCCUACUUGAACACAGGAAUCAUCCUGAUGAACCAGGGCAACCUAGAGGAGGCCAAGCGCACCUUUCUGACUUGUGCCGACAUUCCAGAUGAGAACUUGAAGGACCCCCACGCCCACAAGAGCUCUGUCACCAGCUGCCUGUACAACCUGGGAAAACUGCUCCAUGAACAGGGCCAGCAGGAGGAGGCCCUGUCUGUUUAUAAGGAAGCGGUACAGAAAAUGCCCAGACAGUUUGCACCACACAGCCUUUUCAACAUGAUGGGAGAGGCCUACAUGAGGCUGAACAGGCUGGAGGAAGCAGGCCACUGGUACAGAGAGUCCCUCAGGGCCAAGCCUGACCAUAUCCCUGCCCACCUCACUUAUGGCAAACACCUGUCCAUCAUUGGGCAGAAGACAGAAGCAGAGAAGUACUAUCUGAGAGCCAUUCAACUGGACCCGAAAAAAGGAAACUGCUACAUGCACUAUGGUCAGUUUCUGCUGGAGCAGUCUCGUCUUGGCGAGGCGGCAGAGAUGGCGGAGAGAGCUGCAGAGCUGGACAGCUCAGAGUUUGAUGUGGUCUUCAGUGCUGCUCACAUGCUCAGACAGGCCAGUCUUAAUGAGGCAGCAGAGAGACAGUAUGAGGGUGCAGCCAGUCUCAGACCAGAUUAUCCGGCUGCUCUGAUGAACCUUGGUGCCAUUCUCCACCUGAAUGGGAAACUUCCCGAAGCAGAGGCCAACUACCUGCGCGCACUCCAGCUCAAACCUGAUGAUGUCAUUACCCAGUCCAACCUGCGCAAGCUGUGGAACAUCAUGGAGAGGCAGGGACUCAGGACUAAAGCGUCGGCUCGGGAUGCAGAAUAGCGACCUUUGAACUGGGAGAGUUGCUGCACUGUUCCCUUCAUGACGACGCAGAGGGUGCUCCAGAGAGUGAAGCAGGACAGGAGCUGGAGGCUCAGAGCUCUCGCUACGAGACGGGAGAGACUCCUUCUUUAGAGUUGUGGCCUGCGACACUUGUGGAAGACAGUUUAAGGCUUCGCAUGUUUGGAAUUCAAGGGUGUAGGAGGUCAACCAGAUAACACGUCACAACCAGUGUCGUAUGGUGGCUCAAACGACUAAUGUCACCUUUAUUAUUACAUUUUAUAUAGCGAUGCUCAGCUGUUAAAUGAUGCACUGAACUCAAAGGCAAAUAACGGCAAAGUCCCAACAAAAACAUCUUGAGAACAAAGGUCUCAAAAAUCACCAGAUUAUUAUUCAAAUGUCAUUAAAAACGUGUUUUAAAGCACUUAAUUUGAAUAACGAUGCAGCAAGUAACCCGGAUGGGUUAAUGAUGCCAGCUGGUUUGUGUUAUUUUUUGGGGGGAUUACUACUGCAUUUGUGAAAAACCUGUUGUAUAAAAAAAAAGCUGAGCUGAGCAAUGUCUAGUCCAUAUCCACGACGUUCCACUUCCAUGGUUGCUCCGUUGCCGAUGGGAAUUCUGCCAGAUUUCACUCAUGGAAGCCGGAUAUCCGUUGCCUUGGGCUUUCUUUGUUUUGGCAUUUAAAACUCUGGUGGAUUUAU